UGUGUGUGUGUGUGUGUGUGUGUGUGUGAGAGAGAGAGAGAGUGAGGAGCAUCUGGAAUCAUUUCCAGCAAGCCUUAGUUUCCCACAACGGUCACUUAACAGGAAGAGUGAUAUGUUUUCUUGCUGAAGCUUCUCUUGUUUCAUCCACAUAGCAAAGCUGGCCCCAGAGCAGCUUUGUAGAGAGAAUGUCUUCUCAGCUGUGUGUUCUGCGGCAAAUGGAAAACAUGAUCAGGUUCCUUUACCUAUGGCUUCAAGUAGUUCAAAUGAAACACAUGUCAAUUUAUUUCUUGCACAAGUGAUUGUAAUUGUUUCAAGACUUCAUGGCGCUGAAGAUGCACAGAUUUAUUUGUUUACAUCGUCAUCUCUCUCAUCAAUGACCACCACUUUGCCAUUUGGUUUCAAGAACACAAACUGGGCUGGCUCCAGCAUUGUAGAGCUCUCUGGGUGCAAAUGUCAGUGCAAUACCUUUUCCAUUUGUCAAUAAAUAUAAGAUGCAAAUUAUUUAGAUUUUUUUUUUCAAGCCUAUUUAAGUAUGGAGUUGUUUUUUUACUUAUGUUCUCUCAAACUGACACUAUUGUCAAAUGAACUUUGGAAAACAAAACUGAACAGCUUGUUUGAUUUGACUUAAUUUUUGUAUUUUAAGCAAAAUCUAGUCGUUACUAAUUAUCAUGAAUGUUUAAAUAUAAAAUGAAAAAGCAAACUGUGCUCCAAGCAUGUGUAUUUAAUGUUAAACAGCUACCUAAACCAACAAGCAAUCAAAAAAAAAAAAAAAUUCCCAAAGGGACGUCUGGACUCUUCAGUACGUUAAACCUUUUCCAUGAUCUUGACAACAAUCUAAACAGCUGUGAUUUAACUUAAGGCUGUUAGUCUUUUUUGUGUUUGAUUUGUAGAAAAACAUUCAUGUUGAUAGAUUUUGAAGGGUUAUCUUUUUUGUAGAAUAGACAUCUGUUAUAAAUAUACCUUUGUUGUGCAAAAGGUAAAUGGUGCCUGCUUUAAAAGAAAAUAUUGUGUUUGAAAAUACAUCUUUCAAUGCCCCUUCCUUUCCCCCCGCUAUAUUUUGAAAUUAUUUUUCUACAGGACUUGAUAUAUUUCAAAAAUUCAUAUUGAGCAUCAAGGACUGUAGUGAGCUUUGCUUGUAUGGAAACCUGUAAAACGAAGAUUUAAAAAAAAAAAGUUAAGUUUGACAUUUGCAACCAAAAAACAUUCAUUCUUGGGAGUGAAAACGUAUUUCUCUGACAUGUAAACUAUGUGAAUUCUGAUACGUCUUCCAUGUAGCCCUCAUUAGAAAGAUUACAUCCCUUUAUGUAAAAUGCAGUUUUUGUUUUUAUUUGGAGUAUGACUGUAAAACGUCCUUGUAUGACUGACAGCUGUGUGGGCCAAUAGGAUCUUACGCUUGUUACGUUAAAGCGGAAGUGUUGUGACGUCGCGUUGAUUGGUCAGCAAAUCCAGCUGACUGUUAUUUAGGAAGGACUGGGAGGAAGUUUUAGUUUGGCGGCUAGCUCAAAACAGGGAGGAUGGAGUCGGCUCGAAAUGGUGCCGUUUGUAGACAUUUCCUUAAAGGCACCUGUCGCUAUGGGCCAAGAUGCAUCUACCGUCACGAAUGGCCAGUCAUGCCACCAUCCCAGAUAUGCAGGUAUUUUCAGAAAGGCAACUGCUGGUAUGGUGACCGAUGCAGGUAUCUCCAUGUACUUCUGCCCAACAUGGACCCAACUUUAACAUCUAGAAGGAGUUCAGUGCCGGCCGUCUCCUCCUCCUCCAGUGUUGCUUCCGCUUCACUUGAACGAAGUGGGUCGGAACCAGCACUCCCACAGAACGCUGCUUCCAUGCAGGAAUUCAGCGCGCCUGAGUCAACGUCUAAUCUCUCAAACCGUCAGCCUAUUCACCGCUUACCAGAAAAUAUAUCAGAGGAGCAGUCACACGAAACCGGUUUUGCGAUUACUCAGAGCUCAGAAGUUUCACAUGCAAGUGCAAGUCAUGGCAGGGCUAAGGUUGUAGAAGAGUCGUCUCAGGAGCAACUCAAUGAGGCUGCUGGCACCUCCAGUGACAGUAGUGAAGUGGAGGAAAUUGAGGCCAUUCUGCAGAGUAAAGACAUGACUUGUGGCAUCUGUAUGGAUAAGGUGUAUGAGAGAACGGAUGCAAGAGAACGUGUUUUUGGCAUCUUGCCAAACUGCAAUCAUUCCUUCUGUCUGCAAUGCAUCUUGACUUGGAGGAAAACAAAAGGAUUUGGGUCGGAUGUUGUAAGGGCAUGCCCACAGUGCAGAGUAAAGUCUGCUUUUUAUGUGCCAAACAAAUACUGGGUUGAAGGACAAGCAAAGGAAAGUGUUAUUUCUGCAUUUAAGAAGAAGUGCAGUAAGAAAAGAUGCUGCUUCUAUGACCGAUACGGAUACUGUCCCUUCAAAACGGAGUGCCUUUAUCGGCAUGUUAAAAAAUCAAAUCCUCUCCCAUUUUUGUAUCUGUCUGACGAUGAAGAUGAUGACGGUCAAGAUCUCCUAAGUCUUUUCAUAAUGAUGUCCCUUCUUGGUGCUGAUGAGGAUUCAGAUGAUGACUUUCCGUUUUACGUGACUGGAGAGUUUGGGUUUUGAAGAUCUUGGCUGUGUCGAUCUUUAUUUCGUAGGAACUUGUGCUAAAACACAAGAAGUUUCUAGAAUAUCAGGGAUGUUUGUUGUUCUGGGUUCUUAGUGUUUGAGGGUUUUUGAUAGUCUCAAACAGCAGCAAGAUAUUCUAAUCGCCUUUCUUUUGACCAGAUUUCAAACGUUUCAACUGCAGUUUAACUGUUCUGUGACUCUACUCAAUAGUCAAUUCUUCACACCUUUGAAUCUUGUAUUUUUGUUUAGUUUUCUUUUUUUUAAUCCCUGAUCUUGUUGGUCUGUUUUUUUUCUAAGUGCAGUUAAUUUUGCUUUCCUACAUCUUUAGUCCUACAGGCAUAUUGCAGCCCCCCCCUGCUCUCUCCGCCAUGUUAGUAUGAAUUUGUGACCCACUUGGUUGGAUAUUUUUUUUAAAUAUGCUGAGGUUGUUUUAAUUGCCUAAAGGAAACUGUGUACUGUAUCCACUUGGAUGUCAAUAUAGAAUAUGUGGUUGAAGUGAUUACAGUGACUUGUAAAGUUUCGGAAGAAGCGUAAAAUUAUUUUAAUUCCUUUUUUAACCAGUUGUACUUGUACACAAAAAAUAAAAGUUUUCACACUGUGUCUCACUUAAAAGAUGUUGAGCUUCUUAUUUCCACAGCUGUCUCAGGGGACAAAGUAUGAGUAACUUAAUUUA